AAGCCCUAUUUUCGAUUAGAAACCCUAACCCCAACCAUUUCAAAAUUUUAUUGAUGCGCGAUUUUUCUUUGUUUGUUCGAUUUCCUCAUAGUUGCUUGUGAAGUUGUGUUCCUCUCUGCUCGUGUCGCCGUCGCGCUUGUCGCUGUUCGCGCGCCGUCGUGCUCGUCGCUACUCGCAUCGGCGCAUUGCCGUCGUGCUUGUUCGCUGCUCGCAUCGUCGUCGUGUUCGUUGCUGCUCUGCAUUUCCUCAUCGUUGCUUCUGAAGUUGUGUUACUCGCUGCUCACGUUGCCUUCGUGCUCGUCUCUGCUCACGCGCCGUCGUGCUUGUUGCUGCUCGUGCGCCUUCGUGCUCAUCGCUCUGCAUUUUGAACUUCUGAAUUUUGCUCUGCUCGAUUCCAAUUUGCUCGCCUUCUUCUACUUGCGACGUUUUUCUUAGCCCCUGGCUAGGUGCUGAUAUGCUUUGCUUCCCCGUGGUGCUCGUGCUCUUUCCAUCACAGAUAGUCUCCUUGCUUUACUCAGCUUUGUUAUGGCUGAAGUUGAUGAGAAAUUCUAUUGUUGUAGGUGUUGGAGUUGGCUGAGAAUGCUUCCGGUUCAAUCAAUUUGCUGCCAGAGUCAUGAUAAUUGCUUGGCUGAUUUAUCUGGAGCAUUGCAUUGUGAUGCUGUUAUGAAUUUCAAGUUCUCUAGAACUAAGUGUUAUCCAGCAGCUGCUGCAAAAAACCGUCACCUAUGUGAGAGUCUUGCUGACAGUUGCUUUCCCAUAAGCCAGGGGCCAUCAGCAAGCCGUCUUCAUGAAUUGUUUAUACACCAGUUUUGUGAUGCUUACACCUGCUCAGGGAAACAGAAGCCUUUCUCUAGAGGAGGCAAGGAGCAAAGUAGUUUCUUCCGCCUGGCUGCUGGAGCAUUGAUCUUGGUGCUACUUCCUGUGUUCUAUCUUUUUCUUUAUCUUGUUCAAAGUGAUAUGAAGGGUCGAACUCAGGAGCUUCGUCGCAUCUCAAAAGCAGGAUGGAAAGGCAAGCCGUCAUGAGUCAUGAAUGUGUCCUUCAUGGACAAUUCUACAAUUCCUAAAGACAAGAAACUGGAGAUCUACACUGCAAAAUAAAAAAAGAGUAACUAGUAAGUGUCCAACAGAGAAGAGUUGAAUCUAAUAAGAAAGCUGAGGUUGGUUGUGUGUUAUGAAGUUAGAGGGUACUGAGAUUUUGAAGUGCAACUAUGCAGCAAGAAACAUCCCCAGAGGUGUGGUCCUGUUACCCUUCACUCUUGUUGUGAUAGUGCUCCUCUUUCCUCUCCUCAGAACCUUGAAUAUAUCAGCUUCUAAGAUAUUUGCCAGCUUUGAAUCUAAAGAAGAAACAAGAAGGACUAGUUGCAAUGUUUUCUCUGGGAACUAGACUCCUUAUCUGAAGGGACCGUACUACAGCAAUGAGACAUGCCCUUUCAUAUUUGACAAGCAGAAUUGCCUUCUACAUGGAAGACCUGACAGGGAGUUUCUUCAAUGGAGAUGGAAACUUAAUGAGUGUCAGCUUCCUCUCUUUGAUGCUACUUAGUUCUUGAAGAUGGUCAAAGGGAAGUCAAUGGCCUUUGUUGGGGACAGUUCUAUUUAGCAUAUGGGACAAGUCAAGCAUGGAUAUAAAAUAUGCAAGUAGAUUGAUAUCUUUUUGAUAAAUAUUAAUUACUAUUUUGUUAUGACAAUUAUUGUUAGACAAGAAUUUUAUUAUUUUGUUGAGAAUUAUUGAUGAACAUGUAUUUAAAAUACUAAUUGAACUUUUAAAUAUCUAUUUUAAUUAGAAUUUUAUUAUUA